AUGUCAAAACAAGACCACGACGACGCACCCCCCUCCUACACCGACUCAAUCUCCUCCCCCUCCCCCUCCCUCUCCUCCUCACAUCACCCGCAAACCCUCACAACAACCCUAACAACCCUAACAACCCUCCUCCGCACGACCCAGUCCCAACAAUCCGCCCUCGAAUCCGCCACCACCUCGACCCUCCUCCCCCUCCUCACUCCUCACCUAACCACGCUCCUAACCCGCCUCGGCACGCACCCCUACCCGCCCUCCCUCGCCGAACUCGUCCUCGUCCCCGCCGCCGCCGUCGGCCCGUCCUGGACCGUCGCCUCCGACGCGGAUCCCAAGGCCGGGGAGGUCGUGCAGGUCGUUCGCGUGGUUGAUCCGGAUACCAAAGGUGGGGGGGAGAAAGGCGACGACGCGUUCGGGACAGGAGAAUCGUCCACCUCGCGCGCUUCGCGCGGUUUCGACGACUGGGGCCGCUGGGACGACGAACCCUCCCCCGGGAAGGACAGGGGUGGACGGUUGUGGUGGUGGGACGACGAGGGCCUGGCGCGGCGUCUCGCGAGGGAGCUGCAGCCGGAGCCGAAGAUGGACCGGACCGUCGUGCGCGCCGCGGUGGAGCAGGCGAAGGAGGAGAAGAAGGCGAGUCGAUGGGGUCUGUUUAGGGGAUCGUCGGCCGAAGCUUCUUCGUCGUCGUCAUCGGCGCCGCCUCCGAGAUCCGAGAAGUCGACGCCGGGACGGGACGAGGACGUGAGCAUGAGCGUGCGCGCGGAGGAGGUUACGUUUCGGCGGGAGAACGAGAUGGGGAUAUGGGAGGGGACGCGUGGAUGGGGCAUCGUGGCGCGCGUUCGGAUCCGAAGAUGA